AUGUCGUUCAAGAUCAUUGGUACAGAUAUCGGAGGAGACGUAUACCAAGGAGCUGUUGGACAAGGAAUCAUUGGUGGUAGUGUAGGUGGAGAUGUUUUCCAAGGAGCUGUUGGUCAAGGAAUCAUUGGUACAGAUAUCGGAGGAUCAGUUUAUCAAGGAGCUGUUGGCCAAGGAAUUAUUGGAGGCAGCGUAGGUGGAGAUGUAGUCCAAGGUGCAGUUGGUCAAGGAAUCAUUGGCACAGAUAUCGGUGGUGACGUAACACAAGGAGCUGUCGGACAAGGAAUCAUUGGAGGCAGUGUCGGUGGAGAUGUUUUCCAAGGAGCUGUUGGCCAAGGAAUCAUUGGUACAGAUAUCGGUGGUGACGUAACUCAAUUCGCUGUCGGACAAGGAAUUAUUGGAGGUAGUGUCGGUGGAGAUGUUUUCCAAGGAGCUGUUGGCCAAGGAAUCAUUGGCACAGAUAUUGAAGGAGAUGUAACUCAAUUCGCUGUCGGACAAGGAAUUAUUGGAGGUAGUGUUGGUGGAGAUGUUUUCCAAGGAGCUGUUGGCCAAGGCAUUGUUGGUACCGACAUUGAUGGGGACGUAACUCAGAUCGGAGUUGGCUCAGGAAUUGUUGGAGGCAGUGUAGGUGGAGAUGUUGAACAAUACGGAGUUGGGCAAGCAGUCGUUGGCACCUGUGUCGAAGGAGACAUAACACAAGCCGGAGUUGGUCAAGUAGUUCUUGGAAGUGACGUCUAUGGAGAAGUUAAUCAAUACGGCGUUGGCAAUGUGGUCGCUUUCAGUGACACUUAUGACGAAGUAAACCAAUACGGUGCAGGCAAUGCAUUCGUUGGAGGUACUUUCCACGAUGACGCAUACCAAUUUGGUGGAGCCAAUGCAUUCCUUGCAAACACUUUCGAAAGCGACAAUUUGCAACAAGGUGGUGCUAAUGCUGCUGCUUUCAAUACAUACUUGGGAGAUGCCAACCAAGUUGGACUAGCCAAUGCGGGCGCUUUCAACAAAAUCGGAGGAAACUACAACCAAGAAGGAAUCGUCAGUGCUGGUCUUGGUAACGAAGUUGAAGGAGACAUCAACCGAGGUGGAUUGGUCGGUUUAGGCGUUUUCGAUUCGGCAGGCGGUAAUAUCAAUAACAAUUCACCUCUAGGCAUUAAUAUUGGAAGUAAAGCAGGCGGAAAUAUCAACAACAAAGGAUUGGGUAUUAACAUUCUAAGCCAAGGAGCUCAAGGAGGUCUUCUUGGUGGUAUUAUCAGCAUUGAUGGAGGAAAUCCAGUCGAAGCGCUAGAAUGUGGUACUGCAAGUGCAUUCAAAGGUUUUGCCGCUACUAAUGCAGGCAUUAACGGUGCAAGCAAAGGUCUAACCAAAGGAGUUGGUGGAACGACCCAAGGUUUUCAGUAUAGUUUCAAAGGCUUAGGAGAAGCUGCCAAAGGUGCUGGUACUGGUGCAACCAAGAGUGUUGGUGGUGUGGGACAGAGCAUCGAUGGCACCGCGAAGGGAAUCGGAGGCACAACCUCAGGAAUAACCCACACGGCAACUGCCACCACAACAAUAGUCCAGGGCAGUGGUAAAGCUCCAGGUGUUGUCGGCGCUGUUGGACAAACUGGUGGUGGUUCUGUAAAAGGGGCAGCUGGCGGUGUUGGCAGCCUACUUGGUGGUCUAGGUGGUUCAGGUGGUGGAUCCGGAGGUUGUGGAUGCGGACACUAA